GCGGCCGCGGGCGCCUGGCGCGCGGCCAGCAGCAGCCUCCCCAUUCAACCUUGAGAGCCCGACCCAAGCGACUGUCUUCAUCGCCGCCACUUUGCUCGUCCGCGGUUACAAGUGUCAAGCUGCUGCCUUGAGAUGGAUAUUUUGUAUCAGUGCAAGGAAACCUUAAAGAUUCAGAAGCUUAGGCGCUUGGCUUCUUAUGCCGGAUUCUAUGCCUUCACUACCCUCGUUACCUAUGCUUACACAAGCAAUACAACAAGGGCUGGCAUUUCGAGGGCCGAUCAGUACUAUGCCUCCUACCCUUCUGGUACUGAGCUGCUAACUGACACUGCAAAGCUCUAUAAGGCUGCAUUAGGUAAUUGUUUUGAGAUAGAUGACUGGGGUCCAAUAGAAUUUUCCAUCAUGGCAAAGCACUUUGACCGGCAAGGCAAACCACCGUAUGCUUACCAUGCUCAAUACAUGUCACACCUUCUGUCUCACGGCCAACUCGAUGGAAGUGGUUAACUGCACGAUGUGUUUUUGUUGAUCAUUGUGAAGCCUGGCUGUAGUCCUGUCAAUUACAUCACUUGUAUGAUGUCCUGUUACGACGGGUGGUAGAGAUGAAAUCAUAAAUGCUGAAUAUUAGGCAAAAAGUAUGGGCAGCUACAUUAUCAGCUUAUCGUUGCUAUAAAUUGUGCUGAAUUUUCAUGGUGGAACCUAGUUGAAUCUUUCGUGCUGUCUUUUUUUUUUCAUUUAUUGCCAGAUGUAAUUACUUUGCUUUUCACUGAUAUUAGUAUUGUUAAUCUUAAAA